AUGAUCCGCUUCAUCCUGGUCCAGAACCGGCAAGGCAAGACUCGGCUAUCCAAGUUCUACGUACCGUACGAAGAGGACGAGAAGGCGCGGAUACGAGGCGAGGUGCACAGGAUGAUCGCGCCGCGAGACCAAAAGUACCAGAGCAACUUUGUUGAGUUCCGCAACUACAAGCUCGUCUACCGCCGCUAUGCCGGCCUUUUCUUCAGCUUCUGCGUCGACGCAAACGACAACGAGCUCGUAUGGCUCGAGGCGAUCCACCUCUUCGUCGAGGUCCUCGACGCCUUCUUCGGCAACGUCUGCGAGCUCGACCUCGUCUUCAACUUCUACAAAGUCUACGCGAUCCUCGACGAGUGUUUCCUAGCGGGUGAGGUCGAGGAAACGAGCAAGCAGGUCAUCCUCGACCGGCUGGAGUACCUCGAGCGGCUGGAGUGA